AUGGCUCGUCUUCGCCAAAUCUUCUUCUUAGUCGCAGCUUGUGGAGCGUCAGCAAAGCCAGUCCAGCCCCGAGCAGCCUCUUCAGCACCACUUUCGGACUUCUGCAAUGCGAGUGUAUCCGGACAAUCAGUGGUGGCCUUCUGCAAUCCUACCACCGCCGGCUCGACAGGACCCACCAACGCCGGCUCUACUACGGCUGGAUCGCCCACUGCUACCUCUGACAUCUCCAACACGAUCGAGCCCUCCGAUACCGAAGACGGUAGCCAGACGGUCGUGUCUACUUCAGCAACCACAGGUCUCACCACCGAUGCUUCGACCGUCAUCACUACAACGCUCUCGAAUGGUGUAACGACGACUCUCACUUCUCUCGUGGUCGCCAAGUCACGCAAGACCGCUGGCAGUACUGUCAUCUCCAACACUCAUGGCGCGAUUACGUUGCCAACCGGAAGCACGAACCCGUUUGCGAUAACUUUUCCUAAUGGAACCACAACUAUCGUGACUCCAAGCGCUCUCGAAGUGGGCCCUUCCACAUCGACUGGUCUGUCCGAAGCAACAGGCAUAACGAGUGGUUCAACAAGCCUCAUCACCUCCCCACCGUCUUCUUCCGGGACAGUAGGAGGCUUCCUGAUUCCCGUCACAACACCUGUGCCCUCCCCAAAACCUGUUCCUGGCGGAGUCAUCGUUCCAUGCGACUACUUCUGGUUCUUCAAUCUGUGUCCUUCCUUUGCAGAGUUCCACAUUACUGGUUGGAGUAUACCAGCACCUCCAGGCAUCCAUCCUCCCGGCCCGCCUCCGCCAUUUAAGCUACCUCCGUCCAUCUCGAUCUCGAUCCCUGCACCGCUUCCUGCAUGGCCCAAGUGGACACUUCCCCCGAAUGGCAUCCCAACCGUUUCACUCAAGCCGGACGAAUGCAAGACCGAGACCGGGGAUGUUUGCAUCUACAAGACGGCUGUCAGCACCAUUACCUCCGACCAGGCGACGACUACCGCAAGCAGCGUUCAGUCAACGUGUACGACAGUAGCUGGAUGUGAUGCAACAGGCACGUCGACAUCCACUACAACGACAGCUAGCGCCACUCCGUGGGCUCUAAAUUAUGCGGUCUAUCCACGUCACGGUAAUGACUCGGAUGAAGUCGCUGCCGUGGAGAGCGCACUGAAGGAUCUUGUCACCGAUCCGUCGCUCGUUCAAGCUUCAGAAACGAAGACUUCGGCAUCAACUACUGGUCGGUGUUGA